UCGCCGCGGGACCGGCAGUCACGCCGCGUCGGAGCCGGGUCUCGCCGCGCGUUGCCCGCGAGUUCGCGUCGCUCAAGUGCGCGGAAUCGAUUUCGCGAAUUCGUCGGUCGAGCGCCGGAAGCCGAUUAUUUGGUUCCCCGGGCCGCUUUCCCCGAUUUUAAUCAAUUCCUCACCGGAAUCGGAGGGUUUCCCUCACCUCUCCCCUUGCCCCCUUCCGCGGCCCUGCGGUCGAUUCAACUUGCUGCGGGGAGUGUGGGUUGUCACGUGAGACACGGUGAAGUUCGUUAGUUCGGAGAGUUCGAAAUUUGUGAAGAAUAAACCGCGGUUGAUUGAUGUUCGGUCGGAGGAAAAAUCGGUAGUGAAACUAAUAAAAUUGAUGUAAAUAUUUCAAAAAAUUCUCCCACUUACAAACGGAGCAGAUUGGUGAUGAGUCGUUUAGUGCCCUAGAAAAUCUCCCAAUCAAGACCUUUUUGUGUGACGUCAUAAGAAUCAACGUUGAUCACUCAACGAUGGAUUGAUCAAACGCGUGGACACUUCAAUUAAUUUACAAGAAGAAUUGAGCUCUGUGCCUGGAACUUAUUUUGUGAAAUUGGCACGCAUGUCGUCAGUGCGAAAGAAAGAAUUGAGCAGCGCUGAUAGAUACAAGAACGAAUACUCACGCCUUAGGAAGUUAACGUCUCGCUACGAUGUUCGCACAGUCUCGAGUGAAUACGGAUUGGCAGAGGAUCAAGUCGCCGAAUUCAAAGAAGCUUUCAUGCUCUUCGACAAGGACGAGGACGGGAAAAUUACGAUAGCAGAGCUUGGCGUUGUGAUGCGGUCGCUAGGCCAGAGACCGACCGAGACGGAAUUACGUGACAUGGUUAAUGAGGUGGAUCAAGAUGGAAACGGAACGAUAGAGUUUAACGAAUUCCUGCAGAUGAUGUCAAAAAAAUUGAAAGGAGCAGAUUGCGAAGACGAGCUCCGCGAGGCAUUCAGGGUGUUUGAUAAGAACAACGAUGGACUAAUAUCAAACAAGGAGCUACGUCAUGUGAUGACAAACCUCGGCGAAAAACUGUCCGAUGAAGAGGUCGAUGACAUGAUCAAAGAGGCUGAUUUAGACGGUGACGGAAUGGUCAAUUACAAUGGCAAAAUUCGUCACGAUUUUGACGUCGAAAAAAUAGGCGAGAGCCUUCCAUAUGGACGCGUGUCCUUCAAGAGUAAGCCAAUAUUUGGUACAAACUGUAUCACAAUAAUUUUUGUUAUAUCUGUUUUUGUCAAGUACAAAUCUAUUGUUAAUGUUCUUGUUAGAGGGCCUCUGCCAUUUGAUGUUAUAAAUUGAUCAUUACGAUAUAGGAACGAAAGAGUUUGCGGUUUUUGGUGAUUUUCCUAGAAGAUAGAGCGGAACGUUUUGAGAAUUGAUGAGGCCUGAUUCUGAAAUGAAGAUUAAACAGAGAUUUCCGGCGAAACUAGUAUACUCAUCUUCUAAAGAAGGCACCUUUAAUUGUGCGCCUGGUGUCUCAGUCCAACAAGGUCUACGUUUCAAAUCACUUAAACAAAUCGUUCUGAUACAUAUCAUGCAAAAUUUGACUCGGCAUCUGGAUUUCUGCUUGAAAAAAAUGCAUAGCGAGUAAGAUCUUCAAGGUCAAAUGAAUCAAUAAGUAAACAACAUAUGUAGAUAUCAUUUUGACAUAUGUUCCUUUUAGCUCCGAAAACUCAUGCCACAAGGUUGUCGUCUAAGUCUCCUGAGAAGUUCGCACCCUCAGGUGUCAUUCGAAUGAGAACUUUGUUUUCAUCUUAAGUAUGAGGCUGAGCUGAAUAUAUUUGGGAUUUGCCGAGUGUAAGAAAACGUAUAACUCACCAUUCAGAAACGAGUUUCUAAUGUACGAGUUCUAGUUUGCUCAGGUUUUUUUCUUGAUAGAUUAAACCUCUACAGAUUUUUGAAGAUUUUAGGGCAUUCAGCGUUGGUAUCAACUUCAAAGACGUUUAGUUUUGUGAAAAAUUAUAAGCUCCUCUCGAUACUAUUUCAACUAAAAUCUUCUGAACUGAGAGCAUUGAGCACCCUUGCCUAUAUUCAUUCGACUCAUCGUAUUAUACAACUUUUUUCUUUCUUUUUUGUAUACAUCAUCGUAUCUCAUGCCAUAAUCAUUAAUUGCCUCUUUUUAUAUGAUAUUCGGAAAACCCACUGUAUUGUGAUUGUAAAUUAUGGUAGAACUGCGAACUAAGAUUAUUUUUAUGACAUUUUUUACGAGCGAGAGUUUUCUAAGUAAUAUCAUGAUAUUUUUUAUACUAAGGCAAUAUGCUGUGUAAUGAGUAGGUAGGUACUUACACAAGAUAAAAACUACUCAAUCAUGAGUGAAGAGAUUAGUAUUGUUUUCUCGAGUCGAUGCUUAAUUUUUAAAACUUUACAAUUUUAGCUUCACACUGCUUCUCCGACAAAAAGCGAGGGUCAACAAAGUAUCAGCCUUGCGAAAAAUACUGAACAACCUCAUCUGAGUUCUUUGAUGUUACAUUGUUUUUUUAUCGUUAAGACUCAGCCCAGCAACGGGCGACUUGUACAUAUGCUUCUGCCAUAAAAUUAAGAUAUGCCUACA